CUCUUAAGGGUUGUAGGAUGUAAAUAGAGUGACUAAAAAUAUAGGACCAGGGAUAGGAUGCAUUGAAUCUGUAUAGUGCGUUUAGUAGGGAAAUGAAUACAUUUAGCCUAAGUGCUAUAGUAUAUUUUGAAUGAAUAAAAUAUGAAGUACUGAUAAUAAGACCUAUUGAAUCUGUGUGUUAUGUUCCAAAGAAAAGAUAGAGGCUGUACGAUCCCUUUGUAGGUCAAUAUUUUUGGUUUUUAUGGGUGUGUAGAACAAACUCUGUUCCAAGCUUCACAGGUCCACCACAUCUCCUGUUUCAAGCCUGAUCGAUCUGCUUUCAUGUAGACUUUGCUGUUGGUCUGAUAUGCCUGAUGGAAAGUCUCUAAAAUAGGAGCAAAAGAACAAUGGCAGGGAGCCUUACAAUGAAUAAUAUAUAGAUAAAAUAAAAUCAUUAGCUAGAUAGAACUGGAUUUAUCCAAUUUGAGGUUCAAGCAGAGACUAUAAACUGUAGCUUCACAGCUCUGACAAGCAUAAUAUGUUUACAAAUUUCUGACUAUUCCUGUAUUUCACAUAAUUAUCUACAAUCACCAUCAAAGAAAGCAAAAAAGUCAAAUACAUAAUUUGAAGCAUAAGAAGAUGGAUGGUCCAGCAUUAGGCCACCUCGUUCUCUCUCUCUCUGGGAUCUUCCUUCUAUGUCCAUUGUUGGUGAAAACUCAGAAUGACACAGAGCCCAUUGUACUAGAGGGGAAGUGUUUGGUAGUGUGUGACUCCACUCCAACUACAGAACCAGGAGGUAAUGCACUGGGAAUGUCAGUUCGCUCCGGUUCAGGACGCGUUGCCUUUUCUGCCAUCCGCAACAAUAACCAUGAACCAUCAGAGAUGAGCAACCGGACAAUGACUAUUUAUUUUGAUCAGGUCUUGGUAAAUAUUGGCAGCCAUUUUGACCCUGCACGGAGCAUCUUCCUGGCACCUAGAAAAGGGGUGUACAGCUUCAGCUUCCAUGUCGUCAAAGUUUACAAUAGACAGACGAUACAGGUAAGCUUGGUGUUGAAUGGUUGGCCAGUGAUUUCAGCCUUUGCAGGGGACCAGGAUGUGACACGUGAAGCGGCAACCAAUGCAGGGCUGAUUACCAUGGAGAGAGGAGACAAGGCCUACCUCAAACUUGAGCGAGGAAACCUAAUGGGUGGCUGGAAGUAUUCAACCUUUUCUGGGUUUCUUGUUUUCCCUUUAUAGAAGGCAUCAUUUUUCAGAACUGUUCAUAUACCCUAAUUUCAUUCUUUUUUUUCUGUUUUGAGCUAUUUAUCAUCAUUAUAUUCCUAUGAUUUGCAUUAGCUACAUGAAUGACAUCUGAAACAGAUCAGAUGAAGACACUGGAACAAAUGUGCGACAUCCUGAUGUGGGAAUUUUAUUAAGAUCAAAGUGCAAACGGUUACAGAUGGAUACAUGGCCACAUACUCAUUUCUAUUUAUUAUCACCAGUGCCAUCUGUUAAUGUGGCAAAACAGGUCAGCAGAGAGCCAAAUAAAAGACUGGUCACUUUGCCAGGAAACUGCAGGUCCCAGUGUAAACCUUGGCUGUGAUCAUAAAUUAGAAGCAUGGUAUUUGUACUGGCUGUGUAUUUUGUUUAUUUAUUUAUUUUUUAGCAAAUUAGGAGUAGUGUCACAUUUCACAAAAGCUAAAUGGAAUGCUUAGAUAUGUAUAUAUGUAGAGUAUUGGAUGUCAUCUUAGGAUGUCCUGUUCUAUAAUAAAAAUGCUCUUUAGAACAUUUUGAUUUGCAUGGUGUCAUGCAUUUGUAAGCAUCAGUAUUAAUUAUAGACUUACAGACAGUACUUACAGAUGUUCCUGUCUGCAUAAUCAGGAAGAGCCCCCUCCCUAGCACUCCAGUUUGGGAUAUUGAGUAUCAUGCAGGGAUGAUGCUGAUCUUGCGGUUCCACAUACAUGAAAUUCCGGUGACAGAUGGAGGAGUUGGCAGAUAGUUACUUGGGAGUUGCCAGAAACCUGCUGAUUACACCAUGCAUGCUGUC